CAUAUGUUCACUUUGAAUUCUAACCCUGGGAUCAAAUCCUUUAGGCCCAGAUGGAAGCAGCCUUCCAAGCACGGCAGGAGGCGGCAGAGGAGAGGUGGAGGGCCGAGCGGGACGACAUCCAGCAAAAAUUGGAUCAAGCUCUAACAUUUAUGCAAAGCCUGGGCUCGGCGAUGGGUGUUUUGCCUCCACAAUUCCCUCCGGCCCCACUUGUUCGUCGUGCAGAAACUCCUCCUACCAAUCAGUCGGUGGCAUCCAAUGAUGGGCCAGUGAAUCCUGACUUCUCGCCUCAGGUGCAGCAGACUCAGCAGCCUCAGCAGUUUGUAUGGCCACCGCCUCAAUGGGUGGCUUGGAUUCAGCAGCAGCAGCAGCCAGGUUGGUCGCAGACGCCUACAUGGCCGCCCCCGCAGAUGUGGCCGCAGCACCCGGCACCGCCGCCACCGCCGUCGGGCCCGUGAGUUAUGUUGUAUGGACUUGUUUUGUACCAUUUUUAUGGAUUUGUUUGAACUUGAUUUGUAUGAACUUGUAUGAACUCGACCAGUACUUGUGGUUCUCGAUGAACGAAACAAGACUUUAUUUGUAUGUGUGUAUCAAAUGCCUGUGAUGCUUAUUCGGAUACAUGGAAUAAUCAUUAUGAUA